CUCGUAUCUCGUGGAUCAAGACCCGACAGUCAGACGCAUCAGUUACUACAUGGCUGUGCUAGUGUGCGGUGGCUAUUAAUACGUAGUUCGCGCAAAGAAGAAAUGAUGUGUAACGAUGGAUUCAUUUCGAUUGUUCAAACGUACAGUGUUCAGGGAAACAAAUUCUCCUUCCGCACAACGAAGUAACACAAAUGGAAGCUUUGACUGAAAAAGUAACAGAAGGACUAGAAUGAAAACCAGUUUCAACGCAGUGCUAGCUCAUAUCUGUAUCAGUACGCCAGAAUUUUGUUUGCCUUCGUGUUCUGUGAUGUGCUUUGCUUGUGGAGGUCGGCAAGAAUCUUUUCGCAUGUGGCAGAUUUCAGUAUCGAGUGACACAGUGAUUGAUGGUGAAGGACUUCUGAUGUGAUUCAUACGUGCACGUAAUUGAAAUCAAGAUAAUGUGAUGACUGGCGUCUAUGUGGACCAGUCUCGUAGAGAUAAUUUGAGGCAAGUAGAAAUGUGGUUUUACGCGCUGUGUGUGUGUGUGUAGGCAGCCAUACGAUUAAUUCUAGGUGCCAUAAUGCUCUCAUCAUGGCCAAUAAUGAUGGUACGUAGAGAGUCGCGAUUGACAAGGGACCAAAAUAUUUUGUUAACAAGGAAUUCGAUUUGUAAUUCUCUUUAAGAGAGAGCAUGCGUAUAAAUUCGCCUGCUUGAGGUGUUUCAAAAAAGUCGCACGUGAUUGGCGACCGGAAGCAUCACUUGAUUUUAUAUCAGUUCGUUGUGACCCCCUUGUGUAUGAAGUACCUAUAGUGGCUCCCAAAUGCCCUUCCUCACGAGACGAAGCGACACAACCCUGGAAGACGCAGCUGUGCUCUUUCAUGUUCCGGACCAAACGGAACACUUUAGCUAGACGCCUCUGGAAGGCGCGUGUGGUGAAAAGAGAGCAUGAGGCCUCGGGCGAAACAGAAACGUUCUCGUCUUCCCCCACUCCUUCGUAUUGCUGCUGUUGUUGUUGCAGCAGCAAACACACAAAUUCCUGUUCGCAACAGCAACAACAACAGUGUUACAGUGCUGAAAUGGUUCGAAGCUAUUUGUUGAAGCGGCUCAAAGAGAGCCAGUUGGAGAUGCUGCUAGCAGCUGUGGAGAGCCGUGGGGCGGAUCUGUCUGCGUGCGUGCUCUUGCCCCGCGAUCAGCCUCCGUUGCUGGACCCUCGAUUGCUCUGUUGCCAGCUUUGGCGGUGGCCAGAUCUGAGGCAAGACGCCGAGCUCAAGCGCCUGCCCGUGUGCAGAUCUUCCAAAGACACCGUGUACAUUUGCUGCAAUCCGUACCACUGGAGCCGGCUCUGCAAACCAGAGUCGCCUCCGCCCCCCUACUGCAGGUCUGCGAGGGACCGGCUGAAACCAGAAGAUCGAGCGCCUAGCGAAGGCCAGUGCCCCGGGUCCCUGACCACCAACGGAGAAGGAGAGGCGGGGGAGCGGGGGUGGUGCAAACUGGCUUACUGGGAGCUGGCGUCGCGAGUUGGCCGCCUCUUCUCGGUGGAGCUGCCGGCAGUAAACGUGUUCACUUCACUACCUCAUGGCGACGGCCUGUGUCUUGCCGCGCUGACGGAGGACGACCCACCCCACGAGUCCGUCCGCAGGACACGCGCCAAAAUAGGUCUCGGCGUGACGCUAAGCCAAGAGGAAGAUGGAGUGUGGGCGUACAACCGUUCCGACAGCCCCAUCUUCGUCAACUCUCCGACACUGGUUGAUCCUGACUCAAGACCACCUCCGGUGUGUCGAGUUCUUCCAGGCCACUGCCUCAACAUCUUCGACGCAGACAAGGCAGCGUGCGCUCGACACUGGGACUUCGCCACCACGGGCCCCGUAGAUCCCAACUCGGUGCGCAUCAGUUUUGCUAAGGGCUGGGGGUCAAAGUAUUCGCGGCAGGAGAUCACGGCAUGUCCGUGCUGGUUGGAGGUGUUGCUUGCGCCGUGCAGGUGAUGAGCGGUUCCUCCUCAGUCCUCGUCUCUGCCGUUCUUGGUUUGCCAUCCGUCCUUGCGGCUGUGUACUCCGGGAUGACCAAGUGAGUGCAAGUGUUAAAGAAAUACAGAAACCUCAAGGUCAGUUCUUAGUCAUUUUCCUUAUACAGCGAGAACUUGCAAACAAGUGGAGAUAAUAUCUUGCACGUAAUCAGCAGAUGUCUCUUUCUCAUCGCAAAAAUUUUCCAGUUAUUGAAUUGAUGCACGGUUUAAAACAUCGAUCCAAAGAGUAACUGGACCAUGGCAGUCAUCAUCCAAAAUUGGGCGUUUUUAUAUUCCAGAAUAAUGAGAAAGAAAUGUCGAGGCUAAUUCACAGCCGAGAUUUGUGUUUGAGCGUCUCUGCGGCGAAAUUGCGAGGAGAAAGGAGCUUCAUUCUUCUCUCGUUCUAGGAGGCGAAGAUCUCUGCCCAAGUCCCAGACCGCAGGCUCGCAAUUUAAGCCGAACAGAUUUCCUGUCUUCGUUUCUCGUCCUCUCGUCAUUUUUAUAAUUAUUAUAAAAAAUAAUGUCCCUCUGUGCAGGGCACAGGCUGCUGACUGUGUGGUCGUUUUCUCAUCGUGAUGAAUCCGUCGAGUGACAGGAGCGGAAGGAGGCUCUAUAUAUUAUUUUUGCUUGUGAGAAUGUCUUGUAUUUUAGUUUUUCUACUCAUCAAAAAAUUGUGUUACAUUUGUUAAUAUUUUUGUGUUAAAUUGCAUUUUGAAUGCAAAACCACUUUCGGGUGGAGAGAGGCGUCGAAACAAACCAAGAUCGUGGAUAAUUAAGAACCCAAAAAUGUACAAAGAAAUGCAACUGAAGUCUGCGCCUUGGGAGAUCUUGGGCGUCGAAGAGUUUCGACUUGCACUGAUGUUGGAGGGACGUGGCAAGUGUGAGUUCCUGGGUUUGGUCACCGCUGAAAGUGGAUCUUGAUUAGAAUCUCAUAGUAAUUAGCAAAGCACGACAGAAUUUUACCAAGAGGGACGUUGGUCAACUGUGGAUGAAGGUAACGACUCGUUGAAGAGUUAAUUCAGUUAUUUUAUAUAUGAAAUGAUUAAGAUAGUAUAUAUAUAUGUAUUAUACAUUAAAUUUAAAUAUAUAAAUAUUAUAUAUAAACAGUGUACAUUGUAGGAAACUACUUUCUUAGGAUAACGUUUAGUUAUUUGAUGAAAUGUGAAGUUCUCGCUUGCCUGAUUAAAAUGAACAGGAAUUCUGUCAGUGGAAUUGUUCACUGCCCCAAGUUUUGCCAAAGUUUACAAAUUGAUGGUGCGUGUACGUACCAGGGAUAAAUUGUAUUCGCUUCUCUUUGUACUGAUUCAGGUUCAGGCAAAAGUGUAAUAUGACGUUGAGCAUAAAAGCAUCUGUUGGCAUAAAUUAACCACGAAAUUGAAACUGUGAUGCACCUUAAGAGCACGUCUUCUGCUGCUCUCUGCCUCUGAGUGGGCAUUCGUACAUUACGACCUCAGUCGCGGCUUCGUUCUUUAGCAACAGAUUCUGCAUUGCACCUCUCAUUCCGUGAAAUGAUGGUGAUGAGACUAGGAACAGUGAACUUCAUUGGGAUCAGUUGGGGAAACGAGAGCAAAGUAAUUCUGUAUUCGUUCGAGGGAUGAAAACAUUUUCAGCCACAUUCAAAGUGGCAAAAGAUUGAGUCAAAAACAGUUUAUUUGUCAUUUUGCCCUCAGUUUGCCAUUCAAAGAAACCUCCCAGUAACAGCAAAGAGUGUCGAGAGGUACAGACGCAGUCCAGCAUUCUAAAUCCUGAUGAUGCAAAUCUUAUAUUUUUUUUUUUAAAUAACACGUUUUGCUUCGUAAUGUAAAGCAAACUCGUUGCUUGGGUUCUGUUGAUAUUCAUUUAAGAAUUCCAGUAGCCGCGUCCAACGAUUCUUAGCCGCUCCUCUGAACGCGGAAGCCGAUAGCGCAGGAUGCAUAAAAUGUAUUGGCCUGUCUCUGUCAAUUUGGAUCUGAUGUCGAAUUACGUGUUUAUGCAUAUUCUAUUAUUUUAUGAGCAUGAAAUUAGUAUUUAGGCAUUCACAUGCCCAGGGGCAGAGCAUUCGUGUUAGCCAUGUUAGCCUAGCUAACACUUUGAAAAAAUGAAAUGUCUUACUUUUUUGGUCCAGUGCUCCUUCAUAUCCGCUCAGCUCCAACAGACGCAUCUCGCCGGCACAUUUUAGCGUAGCCUUUGAAGCUGAGGUGGUGGUCGGACCUCAACUGCCAACUUGCGUUGUAUCGCAUUUGUCUCAAUGUAAUUGUGGCUUGUGUAUCAUGGGAGAUGAAGUAUGAUGUAUGUACUCGGUUGCCAAAGUCUUCAUGGCACUCCACUUUUGAAAAGUCAUGCUCUGUCACUGCACAUGUGAAAUACAAAUUGGGCACAGUUUUCUAGCGUCUGGCCAGCAACUAGCCCAAUUCUAUGCAAUCCAGAGGCAGCGGAUAAUUACAUCAUCACCUCUCGCUUAAAGUGAUGCGGAAACUCCUCUGUUACUCGCGGUUUGAUGGAAGAUCUUCGCUCUUAUCGUACUGCGGAGAUAGUUGAAGUCUCAUGAGAGGAUAAUCGUUUCUUGUGGAUGGAGAGAAAGAAUCUGAACUCAAAAGUUUAGAGGCAGUUAAAUAUUUUAUUUGCACAGCAAGAUUUAUUAAUAUGGAUGAUACUGCGGCUGUAACAAUCAAUUUAGAACUUUUAAGUACAUUAAAAUGCUGGGGAGGAAGAUCAGAAUUUAAACUUCAAAAACUCUCCAUAAAAUUCAUUUUCUUGUUUCAAGAUUUGUUCAUUUUGAUAAUUAUGUGGAGCGACUGUUCAAUGACUGUAAUUCAUAACCUUUAUUCUAAACCAAACUUCAUUCUGGGCUUCUUGACACGUUUCGUUAUGAGGCCACGGCAGAAAUCACGCGGUCACCGGUCCUUUUUGCCCCUCAAUCACUUUACAUCUUGUAGUAUACAAGUUUGCGCUUGUGGUCGAGUGUUCACUUCUUGCUUUCUGGGGUGACAGUUCUCCUUUUACUUUUACCCACAACAGCAAUGGAACCUUUAAUGAAGGGGAACGUUACACACAGGAACAGCGUAUUUCAUUUUAAUGUGUUAUGUUUCGGGGUUUUACGCUUACAUAAUUGAAAACUGCAGAUAAAACAAUUUCUAUAAUUCAAACAAAUUUUCAUUGUCAAAUUACAGUUGUCAUUGUAUAAAAAUGCACAUUUUUUUUUGCAUUAAAAUGUUAUUUCACAGAAUCAAUCUGUAUUUCUGCUUUUGGUUGAACAAGUACGUCGUUAAAUCAGCUCUCUCUUCCCACAUGGAACUCUUUGUCUGUGGUAAUUGUGAAUUCUCUUAUUUUAUUGUUACGGUGUUCACUUCUUGCGGAUGUCUUUUUUGCGAACUAAUUUCAAAUUUUUGGGCUUCUGCAGAAUGGAGCAUAGUGACGAUUGAAAACGUCCAAAAAAUUUAAGUUUAUAUUUUUACACAGUCAUCAGUACCAUUUACAGAUAAGUUAUUUUCUUAUGGAAGAUCUGCCUUUUGAAUUCAGUGAGGCGUAGUUCAGUAACGCAACAGGUAAGGAUAAUUGUUUAGCUGCGUCUUCAUCGCCAAAAGCUGAUCUUCCAAGCAAGACUGGAAAAGUGUAAUUAACAAAAGUUACCUCAUUAUUAAAUUCUUCAUUGAGUAUUGUAAAUGAACAGGCGCCGACAUGCUCGACUGACACGUGUGGGGCCACGAGAUCAAAUCCUGGUAAAGUAAAAUUCUUGUUAUUUUACUACGCCACAACGUGUAUUUUCUGAAAAUCCGUGAUUACACCUCAUUGUGUGACCCCACUGAAACUGGCACAGUCACGUUUGUAUUGCCAAUUGUGGCUUCAUGUUCUUAUGGAAUCCAUGCAGCAGUUCUCAUCGACGAUCACGCGGACAGACAAGACGAGCCCUAUACGUGUUCAUGUCGUGCAAAGAGUGCGUAGGAAUGGGCACUGCUGUAAUGAUUACCUCGGAUAACGAACACCCGUGUGUGUGAGGAGAGAGCUUAUUCAUUAUUGUAAGAUAUAAGAUUUAAAUAAAAUACAAAUUUCUGCUGUCAAAUAUCAUGUCUUAAUUAAAUAAAUUUAUAUUUUUAUGUGUUGACUCUCAUAUGGUUAAUUGGUGAGAAUUAUGAGAAUUGUACGUGUGUGGUCUGCAUUUUUGAUCAUGACAACACUUUUCACUUAUCUAAGCAUGAAGGAAGAGCCUGAAGAUGACUUCAGUGUUAGGUAGAAACAUGCACCUCAGAAACAUGAUAAAAUGUAACAGUAAUGGUGUUGAUGUCUGCGAUGCUGUGUAUGACAUCUUUUGUGUUAAA